AUGGGCGGCUUCUACAUGCAAUAUCUCGAGAGCCUUUGCCGUCGUCGAGGAUGGACAGACCCCAUGUACGAGUGCUACCGGGACCACAACAACGGCUACACUUGCCUUGUCCUUGUCAAUGGCCGAGAAUAUCAGACGGAUCUCACAUACGAAUCUGAUGUCUUGGCUCAGGAAAACGCCGCCAUGCGUGCUUUCAUGGUGUGCCGUAACUUCUCUGUCAAUGGAGGCAUGCUAGCCCGUAACGGCAUUGUUCAAGGUCUUCCCGCUCAGGAAACUUCGCAUCGCCGCAAGAGCCGCCACACUUCAUCCCGAGACAGCGACCGCCACAGCAGGCGAUCAGGACAUCACUCAAGCAGCAGCUCAACUGCCUCAUUCGACUAA